AAGUCGCACACAGUUGGAAAAAAAAGAAGAUAAACUAAAAAAAAAAAGAAUACUGAAGACGAAAGGUGACGAACUCCUGAUUGUUCAAAUUGUGUUACAGAACGGUUACGGCUAUUUAGGGUGAAACAACUCGAAAUGAAGUCUGCAAUCUCUGGUACAAAAUAUAAGAGCGAUUGUGUAGUGAUUCUGCCAGAUAUCCAAUCAGACGCGAAUGGGGCUAUCGUGACAGAUUAAUACAUAUAACGGUUGAAAAGGCUUCUGCAAACUCCAGCUAUCCUAUGGUACUUGCAUCGACUUAAAUCAUUUCCGCAAUUGAAAUUUGGACUUGGAACUGACAUAAACAUAGUCACUGGGAGAGUAGCAACAGUAUUCACAUGUAUCAUGGGACAGACACUCAGCGAACCAGUUACCGCCAAAGAGUCUGCCUGUUGCAGAGACAACAAUUAUAGAGUCGGAAGCUCAUGCAUGCAAGGAUGGCGUGUCAACAUGGAAGACUGCCAUGUCCAUAUACUUUCCUUACCAGAUGAUCCUGGAACUGCCUUUUUUGCCGUAUACGAUGGCCAUGGUGGUGCAAAAGUUGCGCAAUAUGCCGCAAAGCAUUUACAUGAAUAUAUAACACGCAGAGCAGAAUACAAAGCUGGAAAUGUAGUAGAGGCAAUGCAACAGGGAUUCUUAGAAUUGGAUAGAACAAUGCAGUACGAUGCGCUGUUAAGAGAUGAACAAGCUGGCACCACUGUUAUCUCCCUCCUCAUCAAGGAUAGUGUUUUAUAUAGCGCAAAUGCAGGUGAUAGUCGAGCCGUGGCAAGUGUUGGCGGGAAAGCUGUGCCCCUUAGCAGAGACCACAAACCGUCCUUGAGGGCAGAACGAGAUCGGAUUGAAGCAGCCGGUGGAUGGGUGGAACUCAACCGAGUAAACGGAAACUUGGCCCUGUCCCGAGCUCUCGGCGAUUUUGUGUUCAAACGAAACGAACGCAAGACUGCAGAAGAGCAGAUCGUUACUGCAUAUCCGGAAGUACAGAGGCACAAUGUGACCACCGACUGGGAAUUCGUCAUUGUGGCAUGCGAUGGGAUUUGGGAUGUGAUGAGCAACGAAGAAGUUGUCGCGUUUGUAAGAAGCCGUCUGGCCCAAGAGGCAAAGAAUGGAACAGAGGACCAGGGGAGCAUGGUGGAUCCCGAAGACGUUUGCGAAGAGUUGAUGAGCCACUGCCUGGCGCCAGAUGCCCGGAUGGGCACAGGUUGCGACAACAUGACCGUCGUCCUCGUGUGUUUUUUACACGGCCAACCAUAUUCGCAUCUGAUUGCGAGGUGUCGACAGCCACCAAGUGUCGAUACUUAGCUAGUCUUUUAUGCUGCUAAAUUUUAGUUAAUUGUUGAAAUUUUUAGUUGUCCCAAUCUCUAAUCUACGAUAUUGUGUCAACAUUGUCUUUAUACUAUAUUAUUAAUUGUUAUUGUCGACGCUACUUAUUAGCGAUUUAAUCGUACAACUUGAUAGACCUAUAAAUAUUUUUAUACAUAGAAUUCAGCAUUUUUAUAUCAAUCUCAAUGUCAUCAGAUUUAUAUAAAUUUGAAAAACUCAUAACGAGUUGUUCAAUUAGAUAGUAAGUUGAAAGACAAUCAAAGCAUCGUGUGGUUAGUAGUAGAUUUUUAUUUACAUUUCCGUACAACAGUGAUUGGAAAAGUCUCAACAAUAUUUGAAAUGCCUAGUCAAAAUAAGUAUAAUUAUAAUACGUGUUAUUGAAAAUUA